AUAUUAAAAAAAAAAAAACCAAAAAAUAGGAGCUCCGAAUUUCCGUUUUGGUCAAGAGACUCGGAGAGCUCGUGAAAGCAAGAACAAAACACUCAAUCGCUGUCAACCGAAAAUCGUCAGACGCCGAGAUCAGCCCCUCUGUUUCGAACUUCAGAGCUCUCACUUUUAGGGAUUGCGUGUACAAAAUUUCCAAGGCUUGGUUGGUUUCGGGGCUAUUGCGUUGGCUUCUGAUUCAGGAUUUUUGAUAUUCUUAGUCGAAUAUGGAUCUGGUCUCUGGUUACAAGGGCAUGGUUGGGCUUGUUUUCGGCAAUGAGAAUUCUGCAUCCGGUGAAGAUAGCUAUGUUGAACGUGUAUUGGAUCGCAUUAGCAAUGGUCAGCUUGCAGAGGACAGGAGAACUGCUAUGGUGGAACUUCAGUCUGUUGUAGCAGAAAGUCGUGCUGCCCAGCUAGCUUUCGGUGCAAUGGGAUUCCCUGUGCUCAUGAGUGUUUUGAAGGAGGAACGGGAUGAUGUUGAAAUGGUUCGAGGGGCCCUUGAAACUCUUGUAAGUGCAUUAACUCCUCUCGAUCAUGCGAAAGGAUCCAAGGAUGAAGUCCAACCAGCUCUGAUGAACUCUGAUCUGCUUUCAAGGGAAUCAGACAGCAUCUCUCUUCUUUUGAGUCUUUUGUCAGAAGAGGAUUUUUAUGUGAGAUAUUAUACUCUUCAACUGUUGACAGCUCUUCUUACAAAUUCUCCCACGAGGUUGCAGGAAGCAAUUCUCAGCAUUCCUCGUGGUAUAACUCGACUAAUGGACAUGCUUAUGGAUCGCGAGGUUAUACGGAAUGAGGCUCUGCUAUUGCUUACUUACUUGACCCGUGAAGCUGAGGAAAUUCAAAAAAUCGUGGUAUUUGAAGGUGCAUUUGAGAAGGUUUUUAGCAUCAUUAAAGAGGAAGGAGGCUCUGAUGGUGGUGUUGUUGUGCAGGAUUGCCUAGAAUUGUUGAACAACCUUCUAAGAAAAAAUGCAUCAAAUCAGGUGUUGCUGAGGGAGACUAUGGGAUUUGAUCCAUUAAUAUCAAUUCUGAAGUCAAGAGGAGGUACUUACAGUUUCACACAACAAAAGACAAUAAAUUUACUCAGCGCAUUAGGAACUAUAAAUUUACUGAUAAUGGGAGACCCCAAGGUUGAUCCUGGAAAAGAUGGAAAUAAGCUGACUAAUAAAACAACUUUGGUUCAGAAAAAGGUUUUGGAUCAUCUUCUACUGUUAGGUGUUGAAAGCCAAUGGGCCCCUGUUCCAGUCCGUUGUGCGGCAUUACAAUGCAUUGGCAAUCUGAUCUCUGAGCAUCCCAAAAAUCUUGAUACUAUUGCAAGCAAACUCCUUGGAGACAAUGUGCAAGAACCUGCCCUGAAUUCAAUACUUAGAAUCAUUUUGCGGACAUCAAGUACCCAAGAAUUCUUUGCUGCUGAUUACGUUUUUAAGUGCUUUUGUGAGAAAAAUUCUGAUGGACAAACAAUGUUGGCAUCCACUUUAAUUCCUCAACCACAGUCCAUGAUCUAUGCACCACUUGAGGAGGAUGUGAACAUGUCAUUUGGAAGCAUGCUGUUGCGUAGUCUUACUUUGAGUGAAAAUGAUGGUGAUCUCGAGACAUGUUGCAGAGCUGCCAGUGUUCUAUCGCAUGUGAUUAAGAACAACAAUCAGUGCAAGGAAAGGGUACUGAAAAUAAAACUUGAAGCACCCAUGCCUUCCUUGGGAGAUCCCGAACCUCUGAUGCAUCGAAUGGUGAAGUAUUUGGCUGUUGCCUCUUCUAUGAAAAAUAGAAAUGGGAAGUCGUCCUUGAGCAGCAAUUCAUAUGUUCAACUAAUCAUAUUGAAAUUGCUUAUCAUUUGGUUGGCUGACUACCCCAGUGCAGUGCAGUGCUUCCUAGAUUCACGGCCCCACCUCACAUAUCUGCUUGAGUUGGUCGCAGAUUCAUCUGUAACUGUUUCCAUGAGGGGUUUGGCAGCAGUUAUCUUGGGGGAAUGUGUAAUCUAUAAUAAAUCAAGUGAUAACGAGAAGGAUGCUUUUACCAUUGUUGAUACCAUUAGUCAGAAGGUUGGGCUUACAUCAUACUUUCUGAAGUUUGAUGAGCUGCAGAAGAGCUUUCUUUUUGCCUCCAAAUCAUCAGAACCACGGAAAGUUCUGACAAGAUCUAUAGCUGCUAGUAUGGCUGAUAUUGAAGAUGUUGAUGAUGAUCCUUCAAAUCAGAAAGACGAGGAGCUUCCUAUUCUCUCAUCUGUUUUCGAUGCUCAUUUUAUCAACACUGUUAAGAAAUUGGAAGCAGAUAUCAGAGAGAGUAUUGUUGUGGUAUAUAGUCAACCAAAGAGCAAGGUGGCUGUGGUGCCAGCAGAACUAGAGCAGGGGAAAGGGGAAGCUGAUGGUGAGUACAUCAAGCGGCUUAAAGCAUUUGUAGAGAAGCAAUGCACCGAGAUACAGGACCUUCUUAGUAGAAAUGCAACUUUAGCUGAGGACCUCUCUAAAACCGGAGGGAAUGACUCCCCGAGUGAGCAGAGAGCGAGUGGGCCAUCCAACCGAGUCCAAUUAGAGACACUUCAAAGAGAUCUUCAAGAAACAUCUAAACGGCUGGAACUGCUCAAGGAAGAGAAAGUGAAAGUCGAAUCUGAUGCAUCCUACUACCGAAACUUGGCUGGUAAGAUGGAAUCCGAUCUUAAGAGCCUCUCAGAUGCAUACAACAGUCUCGAACAAGCAAACUUCCAUCUAGAAAAGGAGGUAAAAGCUUUGAAGAGAGGAGAACACUCUGUUAGCCCCGACAUUGAGGCAAUUAAGGCAGAAGCAAGGGAAGAAGCUCAGAAGGAGAGCGAGACUGAACUGAAUGACUUGCUUGUGUGCCUCGGGCAAGAACAAAGUAGAGUGGAAAGAUUAAGUGCAAGGUUAAUCGAGUUAGGAGAGGAUGUUGAUAAACUUCUUGAAGGAAUCGGAGACGAUCUGGGGCUGCCCGAAGACGAUGAAGAUGAAGAUUGAUAUUGUGCACUCUGUGAUGUUCUUGUGCCUUCUCCUCCUCCUUAUAGGUAUGAUUGAUUGUGUUUUAUUCUCCAUUUGUACAUUUCUUGUUGCACUGUACAGUUUGAAACUUGUCUACUAUACUCAUUCUGGAGUAACGGGAGGUUCAGUUUAAAUUAUGAUAUACUUGAAUCGAAUUCCAUUCGGAGCUUGCAACCUACGAUAUAUAUUUCUAUCCGAAUAUCAGUUGCAAACAAUGAGCUUUUCAUUCAAGGGAA